AUGUGUGUAGGAGAGUCUGCUGAGCCAAGGCAGCAGGGGACCGAGUCAGACCUCGUGCUGAAGAGGGCUUUCCUGCGGGCUUUGUCUGCUCCUUCCUCCAGUGUCACAUUCCCCGCAGUGGUCCCGUAUGGAACAUACUACUUCCAGCCACACACGGUCCCCACCAGGACUCAUAGACCUCUGAUUUCCAUCCUUCUGUUUACUUCUCUCCGUUGCCAACUCUCUGCAAAGAGCACUCGGGGCUUGGAGCUGGGCAGAGGUUCUGCUUACAACUCUGGGAAGGCACAAGGCAAUCUUUAUGCAACCCGACCUGCCCAUCCUCCCCUCCUUGCCUGGGCCAAGAAUAGUCAAUGA